AUGGAUCCAAGAAUCUCCUUCUCCAAUGAUUUUGUUGUUAGCCAACAACAAGCAAUCAAACAUGAAAACAUAUACAGAGAAGCUCCUGUCUCUUCGGAUUUCGAAUUCUCGGUCAAAAAAUAUUCCAUGAUAACAGCAGAUCAAGUCUUUUUUAAGGGCAUGUUGUUGCCUGGUAAUGAAUGCUCCAAGAAGGUGACUUUAAGAGAUGAGCUACUUAAUGACGAUGAUUCACCAAAAUGGUCAAAGAGUUUAAGCCGAUGGAAGGAACGAUUAGGCCUAAAGAGAGGUUCAUCUAAGAAAGAUAAGAAUAAGAAUGAUCAGAGAUCUGUAGUUAACCUUGAACAAGGAGAAACAGCUGUUAACAAAGACAAUAUUGAAUUGUUCUAUGAAAGAGAUGUAGGUUUCAAAGGAAAGUGA